AUGGCCGAUCUUAUCCCACAAGUGUGCACGGCGACCGGCACUCUCUUCAUUCUCUACCAACUAUACUGCCUACUAGAUUUCGUCUGGUUCUACUUCAUUCGACGAAGCUCUAUCCGCCGAUUCAUCCAUCGUGACGGGCCCUCUCCCUACGCACUCAUCACCGGAGCUCCAGAAGGCAUAGGCAAGGCCGUCGCUUCCGAAUUGUAUGAUACCGGGUUCAACCUCAUUUUGCACGGGAGGAAUGAAGACGAAGUCCGCACACUCAUGGAGGAGCUACGUGCACGCCCAGGGACACGCCGCGAUGUGCGCUAUUUCGUGGCCGACGCAUCAAAGCCCGGACACAACUUCGCGCAGCUCGUCGAGCCGUUCAAAGAGUUGAACAUCACCAUCGUAAUCCACAAUGUCGAUGGAAAUCACUUCACUUUGGAGAGGAUGGACAAGACUGAUGAGAUGACACUCACUGGUGUCGCAUACCUUAACGCCUUCUUCCCCCUUUGCCUUACGCGCGUGCUCCUUCCCCAGCUUCGUGCCUCCUCCGCCCGCGGGCUCGUUGAAGUGCAGUUCGUCGGCUCCAACGCGUCGUUCAUCUGUCCUCCGGGCAUACCCGUCUAUGCGUCGUCGAAAGCAUUUAUCUGGGCGCUCGCGCACGCCCUCGACGCGGACGAACGGCUCUGGGGUCCACCCUCGAACCUGCACUUCUCGUCCCUCAUCGUCGGCGAGGUGCAGACAAACAGCCAACACUCCGAGCCGUCGUUCACAUCGCCCAGCGCGGAGCGCUUCGCCAAGGAUCUUGUUGCGAAGAUUGGAUGCGGAAGGAUUGGCUAUGCUCCGUGGAUAGCGCAUGGAAUCAUGAAGUGGGUGAGCGGAUUCUGGAUGAGCGGUAUACAGAAGAUGGCAGCGCCAGCUAUCAAGAAAGCUGCCGAGAUGCAGAACUCAAAGGCUUAG